GCUAAUCUUGAGGUACAACCUGAUAAGAUGCACUGCUCUCAUGAGUUGGUGAAUAUUCUGAGCUGUGGGAUGAUUCUGGCUGGUCUGGGGCAUCUCAUUCAUCAUAAGGGGGCCCAGGCUGCGUACGGGCGACACAUGGUGCACAAGGGUCCCGCCUGGAUGGUCCCGGCCAAAGUGGCGUGGUUUCUCCAAGAGAUGCCAGCACUCCUAGUCCCUCUGCUCCUCAGCCUCUCUUCUCACAGCUCUUCCAGCCUGGGCCAGAGUCUGCUUAUCUGGACCUUCUGUUUACAUUAUUUUCAGAGGACAUUUGUGUACGCUCUGCUUACCAGAGGACGGCCUUUCCCGGUGCGUGUGAUGGUAGCAGCGGGUUUCGUCUGCUCUUUGAAUGGCUUCCUCCAAAGUUACUACCUGCUGCACUGUGCACAAUUUGAGGAGGAAUGGACUUCAAAAGUUCACUACCAAAUAGGAUUAAUACUGUUCUACAUUGGGAUGGCUAUAAAUAUACAUAGCGACUAUAUUCUCCGUAACUUGAGGAAACCAGGUGAAGUCGUUUAUAGAAUUCCUAAAGGAGGGCUGUUCGAGUAUGUGUCCAGUGCCAACUACUUAGGAGAGAUUCUGGAGUGGUUUGGAUACGCACUUUCAACUUGGUCCCUGCCAACGCUGUCAUUUGCCCUAUUUAGUUUUUGUUUUAUUGGCCCAAGAGCUUAUUACCAUCACAGGUUUUACCAGGAGAACUUCAAAGACUAUCCAGUGCUAAGAAAGGCUUUGAUUCCAUUCAUCUGUUAAAAUUACCAGAC